UGGUCAAACAGUCAAGAGCAAAAUUGUCAGUAGCUAGCUGCAAGACUGUCAGGACACCAUGUACGCGAAUAAGUUGAACCGCCUCAUGUUAGAGUUGUUCAGCCGUCACACGACCGCGGUGGGACGGAGCGCGUUUAGCUGGACUGCGGCGUGUAAACAGCGGACACUGUGGCUGCAGAGGCGCGCCUGUCUGAAGACCCAUCAACACGCCGUGACCUGUCCCACCAGGUACACAGAUAGGUGGUCAGUGGGGCCACUCGGUUCACGUGCUCGGUCAGCCUCCCAAACCACAGUGGACCCCGAUGAGGUGAGGAAGUUCCAGUCACUGGCCGGCAAGUGGUGGGAUGAACAAGGAGAAUUUGCAGCUCUUCAUGCAUUGAAUGACCUGAGGGUGCCUUUUAUACGGGACAACCUGCUGAAUGUCCACAGAGCCCUUCGUCGCGGGAAGCCACUCGGAGGGCUCAGAAUCCUGGAUGUGGGCUGCGGAGGAGGCCUGCUCACAGAGCCCCUCGGUCGCCUGGGAGCGAACGUGUUGGGUAUAGAUCCAGUGGGCAACAGCAUCGGUACGGCCGAGCUGCAUUCGUCCAUCGACCCGGACCUUCGGAACCGGGUCUGCUACCGGGCCAGCACUCUGGAGGAGCUCUCAGCAGAGAGGACGGGAGGACAGGAGGAGCAGGGGGCGGACCACUUUGACGCUAUCGUGGCCUCCGAGGUGGUGGAACAUCUGGCCGACCUGGAAACAUUCGCCUCCUGCUGCAACCACGUGCUGAAGCCGGGCGGCUCUCUCUUCAUCACUACUCUGAAUAAAACCAACCUGUCAUACGCGCUGGCUAUUGUUGUAGCCGAGCAGCUGCUGCACAUCGUUCCCAGCGGGACGCACGACUGGGAAAAGUUCAUCAGCCCUGUAGACCUGGAGCGCCUCCUGGAGUCCAAUGGUUUCUCGGUGCAGUCCGUCCAAGGGAUGCUGUACAACCCGGCAUCAGGAGCCUGGAGCUGGACUAACAGCACUGCCAUCAACUACGCCCUCCACGCUGUCAAAGUGAGAGACGAUCCCCGCGCGGACCAGGCUGAGGACGGAAGCUCCCACCCGGAGGGCCACGCUGGAGCCACAGCUGAGCCAAACAACUGAGGACCGAGUCAGAAAAUAGAAAAACAAAUAACAUUCAGAUGUGAUGCGGCGAAUGAGGUUGUUAAAGGAAAGGGACGAACGGCCUUGAGAUGUAAUGUGGCUGCCGGGUCCACGACCAGAAUAAGAUUGCAUCACGCUUUUGGUUGUCUAUCAACUUUUGCUGUGAAGUGAUGCAAACAGUUAAAGGAAUGUUCAGUGUUUGAGCUUGAAAAGCAACAUCCUUUAAUUGUGUUGUUGAGCGGCAGAGAGAUGUGUAGCCACGCAACUUUAUGAUUUUCAGUACUUCUGUACUGAAUCUGCUUUCUAUUUUAAGGUUGAAUAUUUGUGUGAUUUGCCAUAUCCCCCCAUUAAAAUGGUCCUUUCAAAAGUUGCAUUUCUGAGGAGUGAUUCAUAUCUCAUGUUGGUUGUGCU